AUGGAUGAACAAGUAGACAGGCUCGUUACCAAAGCGUGGGACAAGCUCAGGGAAACCCCCUCGAAUGAGCGUCUACUCAUCGCAGUCGGCGGCAUCCCUGGUUCUGGCAAAACAACCCUCUCCCAGCUCAUCGUAUCCCGCAUCAAUGCCUUCGCCCAGAUAUCCUCCCCGGCCGAACCGAGCCCAGCCGCCUUCGUCCCCAUGGACGGCUACCACCUGACCCGAGCCCAGCUCUCCGCCCUUCCAGAUCCAGUCGAAGCCCACGCCCGCCGCGGCGCCGCCUUCACGUUCGACGCCCCCGCAUACCUCGACCUCGUCCGCCGCCUCCGCGAGCCCCUUGCCCCGGAGUCGCCAACCAUCCGCGCCCCAAGCUUCGACCACGCCGUCAAGGACCCCAAAUACGACGACAUCGCCAUCGAGGCCCAUCAUCGCCUCCUCGUCUUUGAGGGCAACUACGUCGCUCUUGACAAGCCGCUCUGGCGCGACGCCGCCCGCCUCAUGGACGAGCUUUGGUUCGUGGAGGUUGACUUCGACGUGGCCCGCCGCCGCCUCAUCAAGCGCCACGUCGCUGCCGGCAUUGCUUCUGACGAGGCAGACGCCGACAAACGCGCUCGCGAGAACGACCUCGUCAACGGCCAAGAGAUUGUGGACUUCCGCCUCAACGUCGAUGAGGUCAUUGUGAGUCGGGAGGAUGAAGGGUGGGCACCACGUGGUUGA